AUGGAGACAAAGCGUAGUUCGCGUAGUACCGUACCGCUGGCAAAGUAUACAAUAGAUGAUGUCCCCUUCUCAAUCCCAGCCUCCUCUGAAAUUGUUGAUCUCAGCAACGUCAUUAACAAACUCCUGGAAGCUAAAAAUGAGGUCCACCAACAUGUGGAGUUUGACUUUCUCAUCAAGGGUCAGUUCCUGCGCACAGCUCUGGCUAAACACAUGGAGACUGAGAGCAUGUCAACGGAAGACGUGGUUGAGAUCGAGUAUGUGGAGAAGUACACAGCCCCUCAGCCCGAGCAGUGCAUGAUGCACGAUGACUGGGUCAGUGCUGUAGAGGCUGAUGGAGAAUGGAUUUUGACUGGCUCCUAUGAUAAAACUGCCCGAAUCUGGUCAUCAGAGGGAAAGGCUAUCAUGACUAUCGCUGGGCACACUGAGGUUGUGAAAGAUGUGGCUUGGAUUAAACGAGACGGCUUCACUUCCCUGCUCCUCAGCGCCUCCAUGGAUCAGACCGGACACUAG